GUUCAUUUCCCUUGCAGACUAUUCAUUAUGUUGACCUUAGAGACUGGUGGGGAUUACAAGUUAAGGCUGCCCGCAGGCACCAAGCGAGCAUGGAGGCUCCCACUAAGCCGAGCUUCCUCUUUCAACCUUCAUCUUCGUCAACAAGCUGUAAUAACCAUGUCCACCGCAAUACCUUCAAUCGCCUGUCUAGGCGUUAUCGGCCGAAAUAACAACCCCCUCCAUAUCUCAAUCUUCCCCUCGCUCGAUCCAGUAACAAACACAUUCGCUCCGAUUCGCACACCUCUCCAGUUCUCCCUCCUGCUCUCUUCCACUAUCGAUGUCUUUGAUCUGCGCGCAAAGAACAACGCAGUCUCAGGAGUUGGUCUCUCGGGAGACUUUGGGCUUCUCCACGCUGUCGAUGACCGCCUUGCCGCCUACGGCUUCGAGACCAACACAGGCGUCCGCAUGGUCUGUCUUGUCGAUAUGCGCGGUCGGCGUGUCGAUGGUAAUGCCCCGGUAGCUGCAAGUCGGGGCGCUGCUGCAGGCCUACGCGACGCUGAGCUUAAGCCCGUGUUUCGCGCCAUGCAGCAUGCAUAUGUCAAGUUGUUACAGAACCCAUUUUAUGACCCGGAUGAGCAUGCUCCCCUGGGCGGGAGAGGGGGCAAGAAGAUCACAAGUCGCAAGUUUGCUGAUGACAUGAAGAGGAUAGGAGAGGGCUGGACCCCAGGCGUGACAAACCUCUAAGCUGAGCUCGGAUUGGGUAGUGUAUGAGUAGACCAAGCAAGAUACAGGUGCAUGGCGUUUUUGGAGUCUGGCAUAACGGUAUAUCCGGUCAUAGACUACCUAGAUAUUGCUCUUGUAUGGGCAACUGAUUUUUCACGAAAUGAGUUAUGUCUGUUUGUUUUCAAGUAACUGUAUGCACUAUAUGCUUGCUUCUCCUCUGAUAUUCAACUGGGCGGGAUUGCUCUACGCUCUCCUGUCGGAGUUCCUGAGAUCCUCGACCCUCCAUUUUGAUAAUCCAGCCAUCUCAUCAACCUCCAAACUUUGGCCCAUGCCUUCAUUCUUGCUCAGUUGCUUAGCGCCGAUCUUAUGUUCAAAGCGCUGUGAGACUUCACCUCCCUCCCAGUGCCGAGCCUCGAUAGGUAGCGGUUGCCACCAAUCUCCUGUCCUGGCAUGCCACUGUGCACUACACAGUUCCCAUAGACGAGAGAUUGCUCGUUUAUACGCGAAACGCUCAUCCUCUCCAGUAAAAGCACUGGUGUUUGCAAAAUCAACCGUCUUUUUUUGUAAUCCAAAAUCGGAGUCCUGGUCGGGAUCAUAUGAGGAGGUGCUCGACUUUGUGUCGUAGUAAGCAACAUUCGGUCGGAAUGGAGACAUCUGAUCUUGAUAGACUUCGGCAAUUGUUUCUGAUAUGAGGUUGUCUGGCUCAUUUGCGCUGUUUGUUUUCUCGAUCGCGGGGUUUUUCAUCUUUGGGAAGAAGAGAGUAUCUGGUGGGUUUUCAGCUCGGAUUAUCAGUUUGCAGCGAGCUUCGUAUAGGGCAUCCAAGAGCGUGAUGAAACGCCGAGCUUCAUUCUUCUUUGCGUGCGUGAGAAUGGGAACAUUAUCAAUGAUGAAGGUAUGGUAAGUAGAGGCCAUUGUAAUGUAAUCAGCUGGGCCGAAUGUUUCCACAAGGCUUUCAAAGUCCCAUAAUACACAGCCGUUGUAAUGUCGAGGGGUGUGCACCUGUCGACCAUAUACCACUAUUGUCGAUGGCUCCCAUGGCAAUGGUUGAGGUCCCGUCCACGCCACAGCCGUCUUGACUCGUUCUCGCCAUUGAUCCUGUUCAUCUUUGGAUAGAUAAUAGUUGACAGGCUUCUUGGUUCCAGACUCAGGCUUGUCCUGAGUAAGCACCUCUUGCAUACCGGCUUCAUCCUCGGCAGCAUCUCCAGUCACAGCUGGCGGACUGAUCGUUUCCUCCUUUCUUCGCCAAUCUCUAGCUCCUUCAAUUUGCCAAAAGUCGCAUCUAGCCUUUAAUACUUCAAGGAAGUUUGCGAAGUCGCUGGUAGGUCCAUAUAGCUCCCCUCGAGCGCGAACUGCACUGCCAAAGAACUUGCGAAUCAGCCCCUUUGUCGGUGCAGGCGUGUAAUCAACUCCAAUGGCAUUUUGAAGCUCCUCCGGCAUACGAUUAGAAGAUGCGAUAAGAACACCGCCAAGCUGAAAGAACGAGAUGAAGAGAUGACUAAGAAUCUUGCUGGCUGCUUUAUCAGGCAAUUGAAAUUCGUCAAGAAAGAGGAUUGGGGAUUCGUCGACCAGCUUUUUUGCCAUCCAUAGGAUAGAGUAGUCUGUUUCGCCUUCCCCGGCUCUGAAUGUUGUCUUUCGGUGCUGCUCGAGUUGUGAAAUAGUGUAUAGCAUAAAUGUAUUGAAGUGCCACCUCCUCUUCCGCUCAGUUGGUAGGCCGUCGGCGAGUAAGUCAAGGAGCAUUGACUUUCCAGUACCAACUUCUCCUGAUAAGAAUAAUCCCCGAGGUGAGUCUAUCUCGAUGGCAGACUCAUGGUUUGUGAGUGUCCGUGUCAAAGCGAGACUGUCUUUUCCUUCGGGUGUUGAGAGGAGGUGCCUGAACAGUGGGUUCCGCCAUAUUGAGUGAUUCCGUAAUGCAAGGAUAUUGUCACUAUCGUCUUUUGCUUCUUCCUUGGGCUUUGCCUCUGUAAGGCGGGCUACUUGACUCAGGCGCUGACGAUACUCUGCCUGGGGGGAGUAGUCUUUGAUUCGGUUAUAUAUCUUGUGUAAGUGCCGUGCAAGCCUAUGCUGAGAUGGGUCAGGGGCGUAAAGACCAGCAGCAACAUGAGCCUGGUACUUGACGAGUGGAUCAGUUAUAACUACCGCCGUGGAAAACCGUCUCAUUUUCAGGUCUUUAUCAGCCCGUCGCCAUGAACGUUGAAUGAUGAGCUUAUAGUUAGAUGGAUCUAGCGGGUUCGGCACAGAGUAGGCAUUUAACAGGAUCUUUGCCGGCCACGUGGUUUCACUGGAGAUCAAAGCUUUAAUCUGGUUGAUGCAGACGUCGGUAGAGGUAUAACCUUUGGGAUUAUAUCUGGCAACUGAACGUUGGAGUAAAGAUAAAACCGUUGGAUGUUAUGGGAUGUGGCGAUUGGUGAAUUUCACGAUCAUCUAUUUGAC